CAGGCACGUGAGCGGUGCUACGUAGUCUAUAUAGCAGUCGACAUGGCGGCCACAACUCCUCCCAAGGUGGUGUUUGAACACGAGGGAGUCUUUAUUCACUCAUCUCCAGAUGAAUCUGAGGACCAGGAUUUAAUAUCGGGAUUCCUCAGGAUUGUUGAUAAGGAUGGUGAAACCCUUGUGGAAUAUAAACCACUGGAGGAUGCAGAUCCCUCAAACAUGCUGUGUGCCUGCAAGGACUCCAGCUCAGUGGUGGAAUGGACUCAGAGUUCAGAAGGCAACCCUCACCGUCCAAUUGACCAUCAGCUGAGCUAUGAAACAGAGUGGGACAUGAUCAAUGCUGUCUCAUUCCGGAGAAAAGUCCACACACAUGGAGAUGGUGGAUCAAACCACGCAAAUGACCGGAACAAGUGGGCCUUCUCUUUUAAUGUGUGUGACCUCAGGUCUAUCACAGUCAAAUGUGAGGGCUGGUCAUACAUCACUUUCCGCUUGAAGGAUGGCACAGCACUGCCAGCUAUUCAUUUCCACCAGGGAGGGAACACAGCAUUCCUGGAUAGCCUGAGGAAAUCAGUUCAGAUCAACGAGAGUCCCGAUGAUGAAAGUGUCUUGAUUGUCAGCACCUACAGCAAAGCCUUCUCACAGUCCUUUGAGAAUCUUCUGGAUGAUACAAACUAUGGCUUGGUACAGAAAUUCAAGAAAGAUCCUUAUACAACAACGCUGGGUGGCUUCUCCAAAGUCACAAACUACCUCUUUGACGCAUUUCGGGUGCCUGAAUUAGAAUGUCACCAGCGGCCUGCCGAGGAGGUAGCAGAUUUGUUGGGAGAACUCAUUCCUGGACUAGAGAUUAACCAGCAGGAAGAGCCUGGAUUUGAAGUCAUCACCAGAGUGAGUGCAGAUCUAAUGCCAGGCCAAACUCUGACUCUGGGUCUAGACACAGACAGUCGACAUGAGGAAUCCUGUACAAAACAUACUGGUCUUUGCCAUGCGGUGAGGAGGGAGGCUUGGAAGUUUUUGCUCGGCUAUUUUCCAUGGAACAGCACUCAUGAAGAAAGGAAGCUCCUGCAAAAGAGAAAAACUGACGAAUACUUCAGAAUGAAGCUUCAGUGGAAGUCAGUAAGCGAGGAGCAAGAAAGAAGAAACUCAAGGUUACGAGAUUAUAGGAGCCUUAUUGAAAAAGAUGUGAACCGAACUGACCGAAAUAACAAAUUUUACGAAGGCCUGGACAACCCUGGCUUGAUAUUACUACAUGACAUCCUGAUGACAUACUGCAUGUUUGACUUUGAUUUAGGAUAUGUGCAGGGCAUGAGUGAUCUGCUCUCUCCCAUCCUCUUUGUGAUGGAGAAUGAAGUGGAUGCCUUCUGGUGCUUUGUUUCCUUCAUGGAUGAAAUGCAUGAAAACUUUGAAGAGCAGAUGCAGGGGAUGAAGACCCAACUAAUCCAACUCAGCACUUUGCUUCGGCUGCUAGACCUGGCCUUCUGGAACUACCUAGAGGCGCAGGAUUCUGGGUACUUGUAUUUCUGUUUUCGCUGGUUAUUGAUCCGAUUCAAGAGAGAGCUGCAUUUUCAGGACGUCCUGCGCCUUUGGGAGAUCAUGUGGACCAGACUACCUUGCCAAAACUUUCACCUUCUGGUGUGCUGUGCCAUUUUAGACUCAGAGAAACAAAAAAUUAUGGACAGAAAAUAUGGAUUCAAUGAAAUCCUAAAGCAUAUAAAUGAACUCUCCAUGAAACUGGACAUCGAAGAAAUCCUUAGCAAAUCUGAAGCUAUCUGCAUGCAGAUAAAGAAUUGUAAGGACUUGCCCCAUUCAGUGAGUGAGAUUCUGGGUCUCAACACAGUCACUGAACCCUCUGCAGCAUUAGAAACCAGUGAAUAUGGAAUACUUGAGUCACCUCAGACCUCACCAAGAUCCACACACAGACAAGAUCACAUCAUCUCCAACGGCCACAGCCACUUAAAAGAAUCAACACACAAUGGCUGCAAAGUAGCCUUCAUUUCCUAGUGUAUAGCACUACAAGAUGUAUAGUACAGAUUUUAUAGCCCCUGUAUUCCAGCAAGAUGAACAGUAUUGGGUGUCAUGUAGAUAUUUGCUACCAAAUGCCACAUUGUAAAAUAUGCCAGAGAAAAUAUAUGAACGUAAAACAAGGAUUCAAAGGGAUCCCUAAAGCAUUAUUUUUGUAAAAUCUUGUACCAUAUUGUCUUUCAUUGAAAUAAUCAUUCCUUCUCACUGUAUUGAGAGAGUUUUCAUAAUGUUUCAGAGGUGGGGUAUUCAUUGUUGAAUAUUAUAUAUUUUUUUUGUUCUUAUCAGUUUGCUCUUUUCCUAAAUAAUUCAGAUUCAAAUUAAAAUCUGUCUUCCUUCCAUUA